AUGGGCAAGGAUAAACAGAAAAGUAUAGAUGUAUUCUUUAAGAAGAAAGUAGCCUUUGAUGGUGCUACCAGUGAUACUCCUGCAAACAUAAUUUCUGAAAGUGAUGCACCUUCUCAUGAGCAACCUCCUUCCAAGUGUCAUAGAAUUGAGCAUGCUGAAGAAAUUAUUAUAGUCAAAAAUAAAAGUUUUGAACGUGAUCCAGGUAAGCGUAAGCCAAUUUGGGAAUAUUCAGCUAAUGAAGUUGAUGAGAUACGAAGAGCUUAUUUAAUAGCUGGGCCAUAUCAACCUCAAUGCUCCUAUCCAUUUUCAAAGGAAAAGCAUCCUCGACGUUUUCAAGCGUCUUGGUUCAAAGAAUUUUCUUCGUGGCUUGAGUACUCACCUUAUGUAGAUGCUGCAUUUUGUUUACCAUGCUAUCUUUUCUCUAAAAAGGUCAGUGGGCGACAUGGUUGGGAUGCAUUCACAAUCAAAGGUUUUAACAGUUGGCAUAGAGUUCAUAGUGGAAAGUAUUGUGCUUUUCUAAGUCACAUGGGAGAUGAUCCUUGUUCACAACAUACUAAUGCACUCAUCUCAUGUGUAGACUUAAUGAAUCAGUCUUGCCAUAUUGAUAAAGUUAUGCAUGCUCAAAGCUCCCAACAAAUUGAACAAAAUAGGCUGCGUGUUAAGACUUCAAUUGAUGUUGCUCGUUGGCUUACUUUUCAAGGAUGUGCUUUUAGAGGGCACGAUGAGACUAUUAAUUCAAGAAAUAGUGCUAAGUAUACCUCACCUCAAAUACAAAAGGAGAUUUUAUAUGUUCUGGCAAACAAAGUGAGAAAACAGAUUCGCAAAGAUAUUGGGGACUCUAAGUUUUGUAUUAUUGCGGAUGAAGCACGUGAUGAAUCCAAAAGGGAACAAAUGGCUCUUGUCUUAAGAUUUGUUGACAAAGAUGGAUUCAUAAAAGAGAGAUUUUUUGAUCUUUGUCGCGUUCAAGAUACAUCAUCUAUGACACUUAAAAAUGCUAUUACUGAAAUACUCUCACAUUAUUGUCUUGAUAUGCAGAAUAUCCGUGGCCAAGGAUAUGAUGGCGCUAGUAACAUGCGUGGUGAAUGGAAUGGAUUGCAAGCACUAUUUCUUAAAGAGUGUCCUUGUGCUUAUUAUGUGCAUUGUUUCGCUCAUCGAUUGCAAUUAGCCUUUGUUGCUGCCUCUAAGGAAGUUUCUUCUAUUUAUCAAUUCUUUCAGAACUUGAAUUUCAUCAUCACUAUUAUCACUGCUUCUUCUAAGCGUCAUGAUCAAUUCCAAGCUGCCCAAAUUUCCGAAUUUGAACAUUUACAGGCUAUUGGUGAGCUUGAAACUGGUACAGGUUCUAACCAGGUAGGUACACUAAAGAGGGCUAGUGAUACUAGAUGGGGUUCUCAUUUUUAUUCUUUAUGCAGUCUUCAACGUGGGUAUAAUGAAUCAUGUUCAGUACUUGAAAAAAUUUGUACUGAAGGCUCAAAUUAUUCUCAAAGAGGAGAUGCUACUGCAGCUUAUAAGAUGAUCACUUCUUUUGAGUUUAUUUUUAAUUUACUUUUGAUGAAGGAGAUCAUGGGUAUCACUGAAAUUCUUUGUCAAGCAUUACAACAAAAAUCUCAAGAUAUUUUGAAUGCUGUACAAUUAGUUUCAAGUACAAAGGAACUUAUUCAAGAAUUACGAGAUGAUGGUUGGAAAAGAAUACUUGAAGGUGUUGUUAAUUUCUCCAAGCUUCAUGAAAUAGAUGUUCCAGAUUUUGAUGCUCAAUAUAUUGAAGGUCGUGGUCGUCGACAACAUAAUCAAAUAACUAUUGAGCAUCACUAUCAUUUUGAUAUCUUUAAUCUAACCAUUGACUUUCACAUACAAGAGUUAGAUAGAAGGUUUAAUGAGCAAUCGAUGGAACUUUUAUCACUUAGCUCUUCAUUAGAUCCGAAGGAUGGUUACAAAGCAUUUAAUGUUGAUGAUAUUUGUAGUCUUGCAGAGAAAUACUAUCCUCUUGAUUUUUCUGAGCAUGAGAGAAUUAAUUUGAAUUGUCAAUUGAAGCAUUUUCACAAGGACAUCCCAAAACAUCCAAUACUUCAAAAUUUAUCUUCAAUUUCUGAGUUGUGUCAAGGAUUAGCUAAGACAGGAAAGUCAAAUUCCUAUCAUUUGGUUGAUAGGCUAAUUCGUCUUAUUUUAACUCUACCAGUUUCAACAGCAAGUGGUGAACGUGCAUUCUCAGCAAUGAAAAUUGUGAAAACAAGGCUUCGAAACAAAAUGGAGGAUGACUUUCUUGCAAAUAAUUUGAUUGUGUAUAUUGAAAGAGAGAUUGUUGAAACUUUUACUACAGAUUCUAUCCUUGAAGAUUUCGUCAAUUUAAAAGAGCGCCGUUUACAAUUUUAG